UUGCGCUUCCGCCAUCUUUCUGGUUCUCAGACGGGCCCGGAGACGUUUCUGGAAGUGACAUCACGAUGGCCGCCCAAGGAGAACCCCAAGUUCAGUCCAAACUUGUAUUGGUUGGUGAUGGUGGUACUGGAAAAACUACAUUUGUGAAAUGUCACCUGACUGGUGAAUUUGAGAAGUAUGUAGCUACCUUGGGUGUUGAGGUCCAUCCCCUCGUGUUCCAUACCAACAGAGGACCUAUUAAGUUCAAUGUGUGGGACACAGCUGGUCAGGAGAAAUUUGGUGGACUGAGAGAUGGCUAUUACAUCCAAGCCCAGUGUGCCAUUAUAAUGUUUGAUGUAACUUCGAGAGUUACUUACAAGAAUGUGCCUAACUGGCAUAGAGAUCUGGUACGAGUAUGUGAAAACAUCCCCAUCGUGCUGUGUGGCAACAAAGUGGAUAUUAAGGACAGGAAAGUGAAGGCAAAAUCAAUUGUCUUCCACCGAAAGAAGAAUCUUCAGUACUAUGACAUCUCUGCCAAAAGUAAUUACAACUUUGAAAAGCCCUUCCUCUGGCUUGCUCGAAAACUCAUCGGAGACCCUAACUUGGAGUUUGUUGCCAUGCCUGCCCUUGCCCCACCAGAGGUUGUCAUGGAUCCCGCCUUGGCAGCACAGUACGAGCAUGACCUAGAGGUUGCUCAGACAACUGCUCUCCCGGAUGAGGAUGACGACCUGUGAAAGUGAAGCUGGGGCCCAGCGUCAGAAGUCUAGUUUUAUAGGCAACUGUCCUGUGAUGUCAGUGGUGCAGCGUGUUUGCCACUUUAUUACCUAGCUAAGCAGAACAUGUGCUUAUUCUUUGGGAUGCUGAAGGAGAUGGAUGGGCUUCGGAGUGAGUGUGGCAGUUAAAAAUACCUUCCUUUUUUGGACCUGCAUAUUUAGCUGUUUUGGAACGCAGUUGGUUACUUAUUGAGUUUCAAAUAUAAGACUGCUACAGUCACAUCACAAUAUUCAGUGGGGAGAUCUUGUUUGUUACUGUCAUUCCCAUUCCUUUUCGUUUAGAAUCAGAAUAAAGUUGUAUUUCAAAUAUCUAAAAAAAAAAAAAAAAAAA